AAAAAAAAACUUUAAAAAGAAACUCCGGAGUCGAGCCUAGAAACCUCCGUCACCUCCGGUAUUCAACGACGCCACUUUCGACGCCGGCCAAAACCCUCUUCAUUUACAUCCCCAAAAAAAAAUAAAAAACAAUCUUCUAAAAAUGGCCACUGCUGCUUCUCCUUCCCCACUCUCUCUCCUCCUCGCCUCUAUCUCCUCUCUCCAUCUCUCCCAAUCUCUCCCACCACCCCACCUCCUCACCCUCCCCAAACCUCCCCUAAACGCACCCACACCCCAAACCCUUAAUCACCAGCCUCCCAUCACGCCUCUCUCCUCCCAACAUGAUCUGAUCAACGUGGUGUGCCCUGGGCUGGCUAAUGCCAACACCCUUUUCUUCAAAUCGGCGUAUAAUCUGCAGGUGAUUGUGGGGGAGCACGAGCCUGAGGAGAAGCUGAUUGGGAGGUUUCGAAGAGAGGUUUUUAGGGCGGGGAUUAUUCAGGAGUGUAAGAGGAGGAGGUAUUUCGAGACUAAUCAGGAGAAACGCAAGCGCAAGACGCGUGAUGCUGCUAGGCGGAAUCGUAAACGACGGCCAAUGCUGAAAGCGCUGAAGCAAGAUGAUACGGAAGAACCUCAAAAGGUCAAAGAGGAAGAAGAUAAUUGGGAUUUCAUCGAUGUUGAUCUUCCCUAUUCUUGACCUAUGAUGAAACUCGAAACUAGUUGCCUGUGAAAUGCCUUUUUGUUUCAGUGUGUUGGCUUAAUUUCUGCUGCAUUCAGAAUUUGAAAGUGUAGAUUCGACGAAAGACAGGUUUAGAUUCACUAAUAUAAAUGUGACACUCUUGUGACUCUUGAAUGCUAUGACAUAUACUACCAAUCCUCUCGAACUAAAUUACUGAAGCACUCCGAAUGUUUAGAUGCAUUUUGGAAUUCUUUUUUGUUGGAUUUGUAACAGCCAGUGCUGAGCUGAUAUUGUAAUGAUCGCACCCUAUUGUUCGCAUUGUUGGUUUCAUCGCUUCUACUAUUA